AUUCCAGCAAUUUGACAGCUGACAUUUCUAUCGCUUCCGUUUAUUCUUCUUCUCUUUCUUUUUUUCUUUCUUUGACAACCAAGAAUCGCCAAGAUGGUCAAUGUGCCGAAACAGCGACGCACCUUCUGCAAGAAAUGCAAGUGCCACAAGCCACACAAGGUGACACAGUACAAAAAGUCCAAGGAGCGUAAAGGUGCGCAGGGAAGACGUCGUUACGACAGAAAACAACAGGGUUUCGGCGGUCAAACUAAGCCCAUCUUCAGGAAGAAGGCUAAGACCACCAAAAAGAUUGUGCUGCGUAUGGAAUGCACGGAAUGCAAGUACCGCAAGCAAACACCUCUAAAGCGUUGCAAGCAUUUCGAGCUGGGUGGUGACAAGAAAAGGAAGGGACAGAUGAUCCAGUUCUAAAUUACUCGCCCCCAUUACCACGCUACCUUUAUUUUGUUUUUCUGUUUGCUGUCAGUGCAAAGAUUGAAUGCGUUUUGCUAUAGUGAAUAGCACUACAACCAAUCGCCUGUGAAAAAAAUGCAAAUAUAGUUUAAAACAGUGUUUUAUACCUAAACAUUGAAUUAAAAGAAAAUUCAAUUUAA